AUGAAAUACUUUUGAAUACACAUCGUUUAUUAAAAUAAGAAUUAUUUAUACGUUUUCUAAGAAAUAGGCUGUUCAUUUUCGAAAAAGGAACUGCACUUUCAAAAACUGCUUUUAGACUUCUUACUCGGCAAAAACGCGUGACCUUAAACAUACCACAAGCGACAGUAUCGUUAUUUACCAUCUUUUUUUUUUCUAAAAGCGACGGAGAUAUGCUGCGUAUACUGUAUAAUGGGCCUGUAAUUUGUAAGGGCUACGUUUUACAUUAAAAUUAUUGGCGAAAACUUGAUAUAAAAGUAUUACAAAAAGAGAGCAAUUUAAAUUAAAACAUUUUCUGAAAUCUGGAAGUCUUUUUUGAAUCCUAAAUAAAUACAUUCCUAAGGUAGUGACAAUUAAAAGACCCAGAAGCAAAAUAAAAUGUUUAAAUACGUAUUAAAACCAAUGUAUAUAACUAGUUAUAUAUACAUUGUUGAAACUGAAAGUUACAAAACAUUUUUGUUUAUAAUUUUUUGUCACAAAACGAAUUGUUUAGAAAUAAAUGAGAUAAAAGAAAAGGCAUUUGUUACAUCAUCUUGAAGUUUAUAACUUUCUUUUUUUAUUAUGGUUUCCAAUGGAAUUCAGUAAAUUUACCUGAAUACAUUUACUAGUCAGUUGUACUCUUACGGAAGUGUAAGCUUUAUGGUAGAAUCCUAAAUAAUGGAAACAGCAGACAGUAAUGACAGCGAAUGUAACGAAACAGCACAAACUUUUGAGACGAUUGAUCAAACUGACAAGAAAACAGCUAGCGCUUUGGUCUUGAUCAAACAUGAAGAUAACAAUUCCAAAACGUCGAGUAAUAUUAUAGAAGGGUCAGUAGAUACUUUGGUGGUAGAAAGAGAACCUACAGUCUCUAUAACUGCUGUUGUCCCGAUACCUGCUGUUGUCCCGAUACCGAGCUCGGGAAAAGAAGAAGUUGAUUCAACACGUUCUGCUGUUAACACGUCAACAAGUAUGCAUACUAGUAACCAAGAAGUGCACGAACACGGGAGUUUUAUACAACGCCGUGUAUCAGCACCGCUAAACGCCUUACGUCGAAGGCGCUCUGUGAAACGAGCUGCUGUGGACGAGAAUGAAAUAAAGUCUGUUAUCAAUAAGCUUAAGCCAAUUUAUAGGCGAAGAAUAUUUAUUGAACAACUGAAAUCACGUUGGUAUCUCUUUGCAAUACCUUUAGUACUACUUAUGGGUCUUGCGAUUGUCAUGUCAGCUGUUAUUUUGCCAACACUCUCCAGAAACACAGUCAUUGAAAAGUUCUCACCCCCAGAGCCAAUAUACGCAGCAUGGUACGCUUCAAAAUUACAAGAUGUGGAAUUGGCCAUCAAAGCGGCCGCAUGGGGGGACAAUGAAACGUUAGAAUGGGCAAAAAAUAUUCUUGCACCUGAAAUACGGCUUUUAUACGAAUCAGCAUCGGUACCUGUUGAUCACGUGAAUAUUACAUCCAUCAAACUUUUACCAACAAGUUCAUCAAGGACGAGUCGAUCAGUAUCGUCUUCGGGUGGCGUUAUAAUAAAUCACGCCGUCCACUUGAAAAUGAACAAAAGCUACGCGAUGGAUUCACAACAAAAGUUAAAAGACGUGGUUCGCCAUAUAAGAAAGAGUUUGGUUCGAAGCAAAAAUUGGGAAGUUGACCCUACUCGCCUAACUUUUAACCAGGGUUCAAACACUGCUCAGUCGAGUUCAGUCCGAAAUUUCCUGGGCCAUAGCACGGCACCCCCAGUUGAUGUUACAGCAUUUGGGUCUUCAAGUUUUGAUGUUCAAUCAGAGGAUACCGAACAACGGCCAUGCGACGGAAUAAUGCCACCGGAACACGGAUCCGUUACACCUGCAUGUUUGACCAAAAAAGUUCUACCUGGCACCUUGUGCAGGUAAGUUGGCUCACUCAACUUGGGUGUGAUUCAUUCUUAACCUAUUUUGAGGUAACAUUUCCAAAAUCCUAUUCAACGACAUCAUAUAAAUAAAUGUAUAAAUAUAAUUUGCUUUAUCCUUGCGUGGCUGGAAAACGACUAUCGU